AUGCCUAUCUUUGCGGCCUGUCAUAUGAGCGCCGGCAUCUUGGGCCUGGUUGGAAAUCUUAUGUCUGCUUUGGAGGCCGAGGACCAAAGUGGCAACAGCACCAUUGGCACUCCCUCUGCAGUUCUAGGAAUCGUUUGCGCUGGCCUCACUGCCGCGGGUGAUUUCCUUGUGCCCAUGUACUCAGUGAAAAGUUUGCCGUUCAAGAUUUUGUCAGGAAUUACUUCGAUCAUUGUAAUUGGCUGCAAGGUUGUCUUCUCAGGCUUGGCUCAAAAAGGAUUCAAGAAGUUGAAUCGGAAAGUCAACGUUGGCCCAAUGAUCUGUGAAGAUUCUUGA